AUGGCGGCGCUGCGCGUGCUCGUGGGUGUGAAGCGGGUCAUCGACUUCGCCGUCAAGGUGGGGGCACCUGAGACCCCCCCGGACCCCUCCGAGAACACCCCAACCUCCCCUGGGACCCCCCCGGGACUCCCCCGGGACUCCCGAGACCCCCCGGAACCCGAAUGGCGGGGAGGGGUCACACCUGGGGGGUUACCUGGGGACCCCCAAACCCUCGGGACGCCGCCCCCCUCCCUCCCCCCCGAGACACCUGAGACCCCCCCGGUGUCUCCCUGGGACGCGCCCACCCCCCAAACCCUGCCCUGCUUUUCGGUCGGGGACGGGUCCGGCCCCCGGGACCCCCCGGGACCCCCCAGAACCCUCCGGGACCACCCAGAACCCCCCGUGGGGGGCCGGGCGGGGCUGUUCGGACCCCCCCCACCCCCCUUCCCCUGGGGCCGGGUCCCCCCCCGGGUGCGCGGGCCCCCGGGGGGGGGGUCGGUGCAGACGCAGGGGGUGAAGCACUCGCUGAACCCCUUCUGCGAGAUCGCCCUGGAAGAGGCCGUGCGGCUCCGCGAGGGCGGCGCGGCCGCGGAGGUCGUCGUGGCCACCGUGGGCACCAAGGCCAGCCAGGAGACCCUCCGCACGGCGCUCGCUGUCGGGGCCGACCGGGCGGUGCUGGCCGAGGUGGGGGAGGGGGUGGCCCUGGGACCCCUCGAGGUGGCCACGGCCCUGGCCGGGCUGGUGGGGAAGAUCCAGCCCCAGCUGGUGCUGCUGGGCAAGCAGGCCAUCGAUGACGACUGUAACCAGACGGGGCAGCUCCUCGCCGCCAUGUUGGACUGGCCGCAGGGCACCUUCGCCUCCCGUGUCCAGCUGGAAGGCGGCUCCGUGCGGGUGGAGCGGGAGGUGGACGCGGGGCUGGAGACGCUGCGGUUGCGCCUCCCGGCCGUUCUCACGGCGGAUCUGCGGCUCAACGAGCCCCGUUACGCCACCCUGCCCAACAUCAUGAAAGCCAAGAAGAAGCCCCUGGAGGUGAUCCCGGCUGCGGAUUUGGGGGUCCCCGCGGGCCCCCCCCGGCUCCGGGUGCUGCAGGUUCAGGAGCCCCCGGCCCGGGCAGGGGGGGAGAAGGUGGAAAAUGUCCCGGCCCUGGUGGAGAAGCUGCGGAGCUGCGGCCGCAUCUGAGGGGGGAACCAGGAUGGACCAGUACGGACCAGUGCCCUCCAGGAACCCCCCCAGUAACCCCCAGUGCCUUCCA